AUGGUUAUCGCAGACAUUUUGUCGAGAGAAGCAGGCGCUGAACUCACAGACAAGGGCCAAAUGGUCAGCAAUCCGAAGUCUGGGGGCUCAAAGGCCGUCUCUCGACUGUUACAAACCGCCAUCAUCAGUGGCUCCACCACUGCCACCAUCUCCGAAACCGACACUGACACCGCCGAUUUUUCCUGUCCACGCUCACUCGUACACUCUCCUAAUAUAUCGGUCAGGUCGGUCAAUCGCGAAUUCAUCGCGCAGCGACAGGCCAACCAGUGUCUGGAGCACCCACAUGCACCCACCGCAUCCGCCUCAACUGCCCUCAUUGCACCCGCACAUUCACUCACCGCAUGGGCCUAUUAG